UUUCAGAUUCUAUUUUCGUUGAACAACUUAAAAUGACAAAUCUUCAGUCUCGUUAUGAUGAUGAACUUAAAAGAUGCUACUGCACCCGCCGCAACUGUAAUUUCUCAUGUGAGGUAGCCUCCUUGUGCGACGGUAUUGCAGACAACAUUCUCAAGUAUUCAUUUAUGAAAGAAGUUGAAGUAGCCUUUAUGGAACAGGAUACAAUCUCCAAUGUGUUGAGAGGAGGCCAUGGGGAGUGGUGCGAAAUGUUCAAGGAUAAUGCAAACGAAAUGGAUGCUCACAUGUGCUUCAUCAAGAACAGCGUCUUCCGUGCGGCAGUUGUCAUGCAGUUUAUUUAUAACUGCACCAUGAGUGUAUUUAGAUGUUGCAGAAAUCGCAUGCUUCAUCACUUCCUCAUUGACCCGCUUGGUCGUAUUAUUCCAGAAAACGGUGAUUACGUUCACAAGAUAAUCACCAACCCAAGAUUUCACUUUGCAAGGCUUCUACGUUCGUCUCUUCGUAUUUUGGAGCAUGAAAUUCAACGCAUUGAAUUUACAAGAGAGUGUAUCCACGAGUUUAUUCAAUUUCUUAAUUUGCAACUUCCACAAGUCGGUCUUACCAACAAGAACCUGAAUCAAAAGGUCGCUUUGGAAAAGAGAACUGAUCUAGAAGCAAUUGCUAAGCAGCACAGUUUUCUUUGGAAAAACUACAAGUGCUGGCACAACAAAAAUCUCAAUUUUCUACUCACCACGGAAAGAUUGAUGGCCUGCAACUUGUGCAAAAUUAUCCGCAUGAGAGACAUGCAUGUUGUUGUGUUGAACAACUGGACCGACUUCUCUGUGAUUCCAGCGCCGCUCCAUCCACGAAAUUUUGAAAGCCUAUUUAUCAAACUCUGAAGUUAAAAUACUAUAUACGGUAAAAAUCAAAAGUUAACAUUUUUCUAGACUCCCAUGAUAAUUGAAGUGUUGUGAGAUUUUUAUUGUAUUUUGGCAACUUUUGAGCAAAAUUAUUUUCUUGUCGAUGGUGUAGUUUUAUAUUGAAAUUCUUAAACUUAAAACGUUUUUUAAAACUGAAUUCUACUGCUAAAGUGAAAAUAAUUAAUUUCUUAAGUUAUAAAUGUAAAUAGCUCAGUCAUUAAACAAAAUCCACGCCCAAUUAGUUAACCUUUGUAAUAUAAUUUUUCUAUUCUUAUGUAUUUUUCCUAUAUUCACUGGUUUUUAGAGAACCACAAAACAUUUAAAUAAACCAUUAAAUCAAUUU